UGGCGAUUCAGUCGUUAGUGAGCUAUUACACUAAGUAAAAGCGAGCGCGUUCGAAGCGUUAGCGUUAGCGUUUGUAAAUAAAUCAAGAGAGAAUUUGUGAAAUUUAACAAUAACAAUAAUAACAAUAACAAUAAUUAUUUAAUUAACUAAAUAAAAAAUGACGACAUCCAAAGCUGAAGCUGAAAUUGAGUGGAUUCGGAGUUUCCUCUUUGCCGAAAUUGUAAAAAACCAACACUUUAGAGAAGACUUGGCUAUUGAGAGUGAUAAAAAUGAAAAUGUCAAAUUGCUAGAUGUACAGGUGAAAUUCAUUGGUGCCGAGGAGGCCUUCAUGCUGACCGUCUGUUAUCGUGCGAUUAUCACAUUGGCGCAAGGCGAUAGUGGUCCAAAGACUACUACAAUUAUCGUUAAGAAAACACCAAACCUACCGCAAGAAACAUUCGAUUCCAUACAAUUCGGUGCACUCUUCGGCAAUGAAAUUUUCACCUAUAACGAAAUUAUACCUUCGAUAGAGGCUUUUGCACAACAAACAUUCAACAUACCACGUUUCUAUUAUGGAGAUUUAAAAAAGAACUCGGCAAUAGUUGUGCUGCAGGACUUUGGAGAGAAGAACUGGCGUGUGGCCAAGCAGAAAGUGAACCUAUCAUUAGCGCAUGCGCUCGUGGCAAUGAAGGAGCUUGGCACUUUCCAUGGCAUCGGCUUUGCUUUGAAACACAAAAAACCCGCGGAAUUCGAACGUCUGACGAAACAUUUGAAAGAGCCUCGAUAUGAUGUCGUGGAAAUGCAUCCCGAAUGGCGUUUGAUAACCGAGUUUAGCGCAGAUCGUAUUGAGCUCGCUACGCAAAAGUAUCAACCAGCAGUUGACAAAGAGUUUCUGUCCAAGUUUCAGAAAAUGAUUCGAAACUAUAUAGAAUUUGGCAAGAGAAUGGUUGCGCCGGUGGAGCCGUUAUCAACCUUGUGUCAUGGCGAUUAUCUGCGUAAUAAUAUUGCAUUCAAAUAUGCCAAAGUGAAUGGCUCAGAAGAACCAAUUGAAGCGCUGAUGUUCGAUCUGCAAACCAUGCGUGUCUCUUCGCCUAUGAUAGAUUUCACCACCUACUUAUCCUUAUCCGCUUAUACGGAGGUACGCCACAAACACUUCGAUGAGAUCUUCGAACAAUAUUAUAAUCAAUUGGUGGGAUCAUUCAAAAGGAUUGCGCAAGAAACAGAGAUACCUGAUUAUUUGAGUCGUGACUCUCUGCUACGCGAAUAUGGACGCGUCAUGCCCUUAGGGGUUAGCAUUGCGUCACACUUUCUCAUGCAGCUCGUUGAGCCAAAUACUGAAGCGAUGGGGGAUAUGCUUAUACGGCAAUUCACUCCAGAAGAAGUUCGCGACGAUACUUUCAAGCGUGGCGGCGAGGAACUCGAUCGCGAAACAUCGCAUCAAGUGAAGGAACUCUAUGAUCGUGUGAAGAAAGAUAAUAUUGAUAUAUUUAAAGGUUUUGAUUAUAUAUAAAUCACGUUCGUAAACCAAAGUUUGUAAUAAACUGUGCUGUGAAAUGUGUUAUAUACAUAUAUAUAUGUAUAUAUAUAUUAAAUAUAGCAUGAAUAAUAUUCCCCAUU